AUGGCAACACAGACGCUGCCUCUCGGAAAUGGGCCUAGUGCUACUGACAUGCAGUACUAUUACCAACACCUGUAUCCUUUCAAGUCGGUAUUUCAAUGGCUAAACCAUUCACCAAAACCGGGCCGCGAUAUGAUGCAUAGAGAACUGGCAAUGGCUUUCCGUUCAGGAGCUUACAAAAGAUACAACUCGUUUGAUUCGGUGCAAGAAUUCAAGGCUCAGAUUCAGCGAUCCAACCCCGAUAGAUUCGAAAUUGGAGCGGUCUACAACAAGCCACCGCGCCAGAUGGACUCUUUGUUGAAAGCUGAUAUGAAACCGCUUGAAAAAGAGGUCGUUUUUGAUAUCGAUAUGGACGAUUAUGACGCCUACAGAACAUGCUGUUCGGGUGCCAGCGUAUGCUCCAAAUGCUGGAAAUUCAUCUCCUUGGCAAUGAAAAUCAUCAACGUCGCGUUGGAAGAGGACUUUGGCUAUACCGAUUACAUAUGGAUCUUUUCGGGCAGACGUGGUGCACAUUGCUGGGUCACUGAUAGAAGAGCUAGACAACUGAACGACAUACAAAGGAGGAGUGUACUGGACUAUAUGAACGUCGUGAGAGACAGAAAUAUCGAUAAGCGACAAAAUCUCAAGCGUCCCUACCAUCCUCAUUUGGUGCGAUCGCUCGAAAUACUCAAACCGUUUUUCGUUGAAAUCAUUUUGCGGGAACAAAAUCCAUGGCAAGAUGAUGCCAUGGCUAUCAACGGACUACUUUCAGGGCUUCAUGAUAAGAUUCUAAUAGAGCUUUUGAAAAAGCACUGGAAGACGCAUCCAGAUCGCACUAGUGAACAAAAGUGGACCGAUAUCGAUAAUUUAGCUGCGACUCAAAUAAAGCACCCAUCUCAGCUAAAGAAAUCCGAUUACUUUAAUAGACUGCGAGAGUGUAAGGAAGACCUAGUUUUGGCUACACUAUACCCCAAGUUGGAUGUGGAAGUCACCAAACAGACGAUUCACUUGCUAAAAGCGCCAUUUUGCAUCCACCCGGCCACAGGCAGUGUUUGUGUUCCUAUUAGUGAAACAUUUACUCCCUCUGACGCACCAAAGUUGAUCAAUCUCCAGAACGAGUUGGAGUCCAAUGAAAACAAGGUUGAACGAACCUCUUUGCAGCCCUUUUUGGAUCAAUUUCAGCAGUUCGUCAAUCAAGUCAUAAAAAAAGAGCUGUCAGGAGCCAAAAGAGAAAGAGAGGAAGAAGCUGUCGAUGAUUUUUGA